UCUCCGCAUUCAGUGCACGCAGCCCCGUCAUGCGCAUGCGACGCGUGUCGCACUCUGACCGAUAAAACCGCGUUCCAAUUCCAAUAAAAGUGUAAACAAAGCAUUAUAACCGCCAGUAAUUUAUUCUAAAGACUGUAAUAGUUUUAAAACAAUGGUGACAAUGCUAUUACUUCCAGCAUUAACACUCCUAGGAGUCGUAACUUUAGUCUUCGCGCUCAUCGACUCCCUCAGGAGUGUCCUGGAGCUGAUCUCCUCAUACCUGAUGCCAUACUUCUUGCCAGCAGAAGUAGAACCGCUGACAAAGAAAUUUGGACCUUGGGCUGCCGUGACGGGCAGCACGGACGGCAUCGGCAAGCAGUACGCGGCGGAGCUAGCACGGCGCGGCUGCAACCUCGUGCUCAUCAGCCGGAGCCCCGAUAAGCUGAGGGCCGUCGCCUCCGAGAUAGAGAAGCAGCACAGUGUCAAGACGAAGAUUGUUGUGGCUGACUUCAGCAAAGGGGCCGAGGUGUACGGGCACAUCGAAGAAGAGCUCAAGGAUAUCCCAUUGGGCAUACUUGUGAACAAUGUGGGCAUCAACUACGACUAUCCUAUGGCGGUGUGUGAAGUCCCGACGUCGAAGGCGUGGGAGCUGAUCAACGUGAACAUCGGCGCUGUGACGCUGAUGACGAAGCUGGUCGUUCCUCGCAUGGUGGCGCGCGGGCGCGGCGCCGUCGUCAACGUGUCCUCGGGCUCCGAGCUGCAGCCGUUGCCACUAAUGGGAAUCUAUGCUGCCACUAAGGCUUACGUGCGCAGCCUCACACUGGCCCUCCGCGAGGAGUACUCAUCCAAAGGGGUGUACGUCCAGCACCUUUCGCCGCUGUUCGUGUCGACGAAGAUCAACGCGUUUUCGCAGCGGCUGUUGGAUGGGAACCCGCUGGUGCCCGACGCUGGGACAUACGCCCGGCACGCGGUGGCGUCGCUGGGCCGCGUGCACAACACUACUGGCUACUGGGUGCACGGGCUACAGUAUACCCUGACUAAAGUCGCCCCGGAGUGGCUCCGGACGAAGAUCGGCCACCGGCUCAACCAGCAGUUCCGCGAGGAGUAUGAAAGAAAUAGAGUCAAAGCAGAAUAAUUUAAUUAUAUUUAGUGCAUUUUCCGUCUAGUACAAAUUAAAUACUUACAUGUAAACAAAUUAUACCUCUAUUAUGUAUUUAUACAAAUAUUCAAAAUGCAAAACCGAUUCUGUUUGUAUCUUCCACGAAGUUUGAGCCUUCGGAUCGGAACCGAUUUUUAGCGAUAUUAAACUUUUGUUUUAUUAAAAAUACUCGUAGUUGUAAAAUUAGGUUUUAAAAGUCGUUAGCUUUUCAACAUUUAUAAAUAAUAAUAUGGUUGCAUAUGAAUAACAGAAGCUUUUAAUUACGUAAUUUUUACAAAUAUCAAAUCUGUGUGUGGUAUCGUAAUCUGCAUACAAAAUGUAAGAUUUGAAUGAUGUGUAAGAGUUUAUGGUAAUUGUUAAAAUAAUGUGAUAUUAUUUUUUGUUACAUAAAAACUAAGAUGUUUUA